AUGAAAGUGCCCAGGCUGGUGAAGCUGGAGGUCCUGAGGCUGGUGUAGCUGGAGGUCCUGAAGCUGGUGCAGCUGGAGGUCCUGAGGCUGGUGCAGCAGGGGGAGCUGAGGCUGGUGCAGUGGCAGGUGAGGUGGCUGGUGCAGCAGGGGGAGCAGAGGCUGGUGCAGCUGCAGAUGAGGAGGCUGGUUCAGCAGGGGGAGCAGAGGCUGGUGCAGCUGGAGGUCCUGAGGCUGAGGUGGCUGGAGGAGCAGAGGCUGGUGCAGCUGGAGGUCCUGAGGCUGAGGCGGCUGGAGGAGCAGAGGCUGGUGCAGCUGGAGGUCCUGAGGCUGAGGCAGCUGGAGGAGCAGAGGCUGGUGCAGCGGCAGGUGAGGUGGCUGGUGCAGCAGGGGGAGCAGAGGCUGGUGCAGCGGCAGGUGAGGUGGCUGGUGCAGCAGGGGGAGCAGCGGCUGGUGCAGCGGCAGGUGAGGUGGCUGGUGCAGCAGGGGGAGCAGAGGCUGGUGCAGCGGCAGGUAAAGUGGCUGGUGCAGCAGGGGGAGCAGCGGCUGGUGCAGCGGCAGGUAAAGUGGCUGGUGCAGCAGGGGGAGCAGAGGCUGGUGCAGCGGCAGGUGAAGUGGCUGGUGCAGCAGGUGGAUUAG